AUGGCACAAAAAUCAAAUAUUCUCCGAAUUUUUGAAAUUCAUGAUAUAAUUUGUCAUGCCACACGUUGCAAAAAUAAUUAUAACUUUUUCGUCAUUGAUUACAGAAUAAUCAGAUUAGAAAAAAUAUCAUAUUUGCAUGUUAUGUUGAUAUUUGGAAUAUUCAUAGCUGUCUUCAUGCAUACACAUCACCAACUUCGAUUGUAUUUACAUUGUCGGCAACUUUCCAAAAACCCAAAUGAUAUCCUUAUAUUUGAAAAAUCUGGCUUACUGGACUAUUUUGAUCUUGGUGCUCCGGUCGACACUACUAAAACGGAACGAUCUAAUACAUACAUUAAUCCUACUCCUGCGGCAUCAGCUGUGGUUGUAAGAGAAAUGGUAUCAACAAGCUCUUCUAAAUCAUAUAAUUGUCACAACUAUCGUGAUCAUUCUUUUAUUAAAAAAACCAGAAAAGGAAAAGAAAAGUUCACCGAAGAAGGAGAUACAGAAAAACCAAAUUCCAAAGAGGAUAAUGAAAAAGUAGCAGUAAUAAGGAUUAAACAUCAAUUAGAAAAUUUAUAA